AUGUUUUAGUUUACGGAAGUUCUUACCAAGCGGCAGCUCUGUAAGACUUAAAACUAGUAUGAACCGACCACAGGUGUUAUUAUUAAAUAUAUUUAUGGUUAAAUGAAGCUGUGUGUAGUAUUUUGAUAUUAUGAGCUGUGCUCUGACGCUACUGUCGGUUUCACAGGCUGGGUUUUAUAAUGUAAAACUGACGUUAGCAGUGUGAUGCUAACUUUAGCUGAGGAGCAGGACUAGCGACAACAGCAUGGCCCAAGUUUCUCCUCCCGGGUCAGUCGUUGUAGCUGACUGGCACCGAAGUAAAGACAGCAAAGAGUAUUUCAGCAAAAUACUACACAAGAAGAGGCGCAAACACUUCGGCUUGUUGGAGUCUCCAGUGAUGCCCCCACAUGUAGCUGUGGACACAGUUCACUAUAAGGUCUUCCUUUCUGGCAAGAGUGGAGUCGGUAAAACUGCUCUUGCUGCACGUCUCGCAGGCCUGAAUGUUCCUAACAUGCACUAUGAAACCACAGGUAUUGAGACGACGGUGGUGUAUUGGCCAGUGAAGCUGAGAGAAAGUGGCAGAGUGCUGUUUUUCCGUCUGCAGCUGUGGGACUGUGGAGAAAACGCCUUACGCAGAUUUGACCAUUUGCUACCAGCCUGUAAGGAGCAGGUGGACGCUGUCCUUUUCCUGUUCUCCUUCACUGACAGGACGUCCUUUGAUGAUCUGUCGAAUCAAAUUACUAAAUGGACUGAGACGUCUGCGGGUCCUGUUGUGAAACUGGUGGUCGGCACCAAAUUUGACCUUUUCAUGCACUGUGAUGUGGCACAGAGAGACGUGAGGGACUUCCAGGAGAGGUGGAGCUUACCGCUGCUGCGUGUGGGUGGGGAGGUCAGUGACGGGCUGGGUGACGUAGCCCCCCUCCUCAACUGCCUGGCGGAGAACCUGUGGCAUCAGGAUUGUGUUACAGCUGCAUCAGCCAGCCACCAUUCACAGCAGGAGACAGUGACUAUACUUUAAUACUGAACAGAAUUUUUAAGACUAAGUUGAGGUGAAGUGGAGGUCCAAGUAGGGUCACCCCUGGGUGCCUUUGAGAGAUCGCACUUGUUG